CCUCCGGUCGGCAGGACGCUCCUCCGGUUCUCGUCCGGUUCUCGUCCGGUUCUCGUCGCGCCGCGGGGAGCCGGCGUCCCGCGGAGCCCCCUCUGAGGGACUCUGCUGGUUCUGGGAGUUGGUGAACCGGACCGGAGCUGGUCCCCGGGCGCCGGGCCAUGGAGCCGCGGGCCGGGAGCGGGAGCGUCCCGGUGUGGGUGUGCCGGGAGGAGCGGCGGGUGUCCGGGCUCACGAGGCGGACCACCUGCGGAGACGUGGUGAGGGUCCUGCUGGAGGACCAGACCCUGCGGGAGGCCGGGGUCCUGUCCGGACCCCCGCAGUCCUACUGCGUGGUGGAGAAGUGGCGCGGGUUCGAGCGCGUGCUGCCGUCCCGGACCCGGAUCCUGCGGCUCUGGGCCGCCUGGGGCGCCGAGCGGGACUCGGUCCGCUUCCUGCUGCUCCGGAACGACGCCUCGCUGCCCGGUACCGGGCCCCGCAGCGCCGAGGCCCGGGUCGUCCCGAGCCGGGACGGCGGAGGUCCGGGAGCCCUGCUCAAGGGCAGCGGCAGGAGCAGCCGGACCGCCGCGGCCGCCUCCCUGACCCGGGACCGGCAGCGGCGCGUGGUGAGGAAGGCGUUCCGGAAACUGGACCGGAUGAACCGGCAGAAGGAGCGGAGCGCGGACCGGGAGCCGGACUCCGUGGACAGGAUGGAGACCCUGGUCCACCUGGUGGUCUCGCAGGACCACACCAUCCGCCAGCAGGGCCACCGGAUCCGGGAGCUGGACCGGGAGAUCGAGCGCUACGAGGCCGGGCUGCACUGCGACCGGGUCCGGAGGCUCGGAGCCAACUACGUCCAGGACCUCUACCUGCUGGAGCCCCGGUCCCCGGAGGAGCCCCGGUCCGGGGACCGGCGGGACGCACCGGGGCCCCGGUCCCCGGAGGAGAACCGGUACCCGGACCGGCGGGACGCACGGCGCGCGACGGAGCGGCUGGACGCUGACCUGCAGGGCGCACGGGACCAGCGGGACGCGGACCGGGAGGACGCACGGCGCGCGGCCGACGCGCUGGCGCAGUUCCAGGAGCACGCGCGCCGCUGCGAGGAGGUGGCGCUGCUGCAGGAGGAGCUGACGGAGCGCGAGGCGCUGGCGGAGAGGAUCACCGGGGAGAUCCGGGACGAGCUGAACCGGCGGUGGAUGAAGCGGCGGCGCGCGGAGCGGGAGGAGGACGCGCGGCGGGACGUGGAGGACGCGCCAGGCGCCGCGGAGCGGGACGAGGAGCGGCAGCGCGUGCGCACGCAGCUGGACGCCAGCCUGUACGUGGGCCUGCGGCUCCAGACCGAGCUGGACGCGGUGCGGGGAGACCUGGACCGGAGCCUGGCGCUGUGGGAGACCCGGGAGCGCGAGCUGCUGGACCUGCUGGAGCUGCUGGCUCGGGCGGAGGCCGGGGGGCCGGGCGGAGGCCGGGCGGAGGCCGGGGGGCCGGGCGGAGGCCGGGCGGAGGCCGGGGGGCCGGGCGGAGGACCGGCGGAGGCCGAGGGGCCGGGCGGAGGACCGGCGGAGGCCGGCAGCUCCAGCGACUCGGACUCGGACACCGGACUGAGCUCCAUGGACUCCGACAACCCGCCUGUGUGCGAGUCGCUGGUUUAGCAGGACCAGAACCCGGAACGCCCACCUC